AUGAACAAUCUACUUUUCAACAUGAAUGAAUCUGCGGGGCAUCCACUCAAGAGCGAGCUGUUUUCGUUUGGAAUCCCCAUUGUCAAGUAUAACGGAGGGUACAUGAAUUAUCCAACCACAGGCGAGGAGGUGCGAGCAUCGCAGCAACCGCCACAACAGCACCACCAGCCACCACUCCAGCAACACCAGCAGUACGCGCCAGCAGGCCCACCGGGUCCGCCAGGACUGUUUCAACAGCUCCAGGGCCCACCACCUCCGGCACAACAGGGAGGACACCACACGGUGGCGGCGGCCCCACCGCCUCACGUUACCCCUCACGGCCCGCCCCAUGGUCUCAAUAUUGCACCCCAAACGACCCAUUUUGAGCCAAGAUACUACGGGUCGCCGGUGAUUAUGCAACAGAAGCAUCCACAGGGGGUGCAAGGGUCAUACAACACGACGCCUGGUUCUGGAAUCACCCCCUCCACUGCUAACAACGGGACUAUAUCCUCCAUGUCUGCUAACAACAACAAUAACAACAACAACAACAAUAAUAAUAAUAAUAAUAACACCCCUGCUGCUAAUACUGGAUACUUUGACUCAUACCCAGUGAAUAAUUAUCUCUUGAUCCCACCAUCCAAUGGAGGUCAAUAUCCACAAGUGUAUGGACAAAAACAGGGACAACAAAUAUUACCACAUGGGACAAUUCCUCCUCCAGCGCCACAUUAUGAACAACAAUAUGUAGAUCAUCAUUAUCAACAGCAACUACAAGCGAAACAAGAUAAAAAUAUUAUUUAUGCGAAUUUUAAGGAGAGAUUACGGUCAUUACUUCCAUUACCGCCACUUUCAAAAGCCGAAUUCCGACCAGAUUUUAAUUAUUCAACCAACCAAAAAAGAACAAAGAGGCGAUCAAAGUUCACCAAGGAGCAAGAUGAUUUGAUUGUAACGCUUAAAAAGAAGGGGAAAAGUUGGGUGGAGAUUGCAGAAUUGACCAAGGUUGGAAGCUAUUUGGCGGCAAGAAAUCGAUAUCAAGUGAUUGUAGGACAACAGGGGAACAAUAAUUCGUCAAGCUGGGCUGGCGAAGAUAAGGAGAUUUUACGUAAGAAUCUUGAUACGGCGGAAAUUGAAAAAUGGAAAUUCCUUGCGAUUGAACUUAAUAAGGCAACUGGUAAGGAAUUUACCGCCAGAGAAUGUAGAGAAGUUGUACGCGAGUUAUUUUUACAAAAUCCUUUGGAAUUUGGUGUCAAUGAAAUGACAAUUCAAGAGUGUGAAAAGGAGUCCAAAAUCACUGCCAAGGCCAAUGAGCAGGACUAUCGGCAUGGCAGUGUGGAACCGUAUGUACUGGCGUUGAUUGGCAGAGGAAGAAGUGGUAGUAAUGAUAGUGGCAGCAAUUCGUCGUCUCUUAACUCGACUGCCACGUCUUCAACCGCGGCUUCUUCCAUAUCCUCGGCAUCAAUGGUGCCUUCAACCAAGCCUUUUGAUCGGCAACAGUUGGCCAGAUCGCAUUUACUGCUGCAUCCUCGGUCACAUUCUCUGCCACAAGUGAUCACCACUACAAACACAAACACAAACACAACAAACACAUCAAUCCAACCAGUUGGGGCCGGGGCUGGGGCCGGGGCGGCACCACCCCUUGCACACUACAAGUCUGCCAAUUCAGUGUUUGAUACCAACGUUGUCCAAUAUGGGUUUGGCGACGAUUACACUUCUGCGCGAUCGUCUCUGGAGCCCAUGGACGCCACCAAUCAUACACCACAGUAUGGACAACCACACGGCCAUCAAAAUAGCUACUUUUAA